AUGGCAAUCAAACACGCGACGCCCGUGACCGUGUCCCUCUCAGCACUGCAAUCCAACUCGAUCCCAUUCUCGACGCUGCUCGAAGCCUUCGGACCCUCGUCACUGGGCAUCCUGGUGGUGACGGACCUCCCGCGCGAAUUCACGACGCUGCGCACGACCGUGCUCUCCAACGCGUCGCGGCUCGCCGCCCUCCCCGCGCCGACGCUCGAACGCCUCACCAACGCGCCCGCGAAAUACCUGGUCGGCUGGUCGCACGGCAAAGAGAGUCUGCGCGAGGGCGUCGUCGACGACAAGAAGGGGAGUUACUACAUCAACUGUUCGUUCUACAACCAACGGAGUGAAAGAGAAGGAGGAGACGGAGAAGAUGCAUCGCUCAAGCUCGACAGGGAGAACUUCCCCGGCUUCGACGAGUACACGGCGCCGAGCGUGUGGCCGGCCGAGGACGAGGUCCCGGGGUUCCGCGGCAGUGGGCAGGAUUUGAUCCGUUUGAUCAUCGAUACCGCCGUGUUGGUGGCGCGGGCGUGCGAUCGCUACGCGGAGCAGGAGAUCGAGGGCUAUGAGCCCGGGUAUUUGGAGCGCGUGGUCCAGGGGAGUCGCACCAGUAAGGCUCGGCUGUUGCAUUAUUUUCCCAGUGAGGAGCAGGAAGAAGAAAAGAAAGAGCCGGGGUUGGAGACCGCCGAGGGCAAGGUCGACGAUACAUGGUGCACGACGCAUCUCGACCACGGGUGUCUGACGGGCCUGACGUCGGCCAUGUUCGUGGAUGAAUCUUCUUCAUCGUCACCGACGCAGGACCUCGCGGAACUCCCCACGUCGCCGGACCCGACGUCCGGCCUGUACAUCCUGUCGCGCACGGGCGAGAUCAACAAGGUCGCGAUCCCGCGCGACAGUCUGGCGUUCCAGACCGGCGAGACGCUGCAGCUGAUCACGCAGGGCCGCUUCAAGGCCGUGCCGCACUUCGUCAAGGGCGUCGAGAAAGCCAAUGUCGCGGACCCCAACGCGAGGAUCGCGAGGAAUACCCUGGCCGUCUUUACGCAGCCGAAUCUCGACGAGGUCGUCGAUUUGAAGACGGGUUUGACGUUUGGCGAGUUUGCGAGGGGCGUCGUGAAGAAGAAUACGACGGUCGCGGCGUGA